CCAAUUCAGACGUUGUCGCAUUCAAAUGUGUAACGCGCGUGAUUCGCGCUUGGUUCGUUUGACAAAUUCGUUGGAAGAAGAAAAGAAAAGAAAAAAAUUGCAACAUCAACAACGCAACAAGUGUAAAGUGUUUUUUUCUGUGCACACGCAAAAUAUACAAAUAAUUAAAAGUGCGCUGAAGUUUUUGGAAGUGCUUUUCGCAAGCAUUUCCUUCAUUCCAGCGAUCUGUGCGCGAUCUGUGCGACAAAAUGUGCAGCAACAAAAAAGUUACAAAUGAUUCGAUUGCUGCGUUAAUUUAAUUAAGCGUGGCAAUAAAAUUUUGCCACAAUAUUUGUGAAAUUGUGUAUAAAAAGUGUUCAUCUAUGCGGAGUUGGAUUAAAAACGUGUUUUCUUUGGGAUAUAUAAGUGAGCGCGGCUAAACGUGCCAAAAAGUUAGCCGAAGCUGCCAGAAGACAACAACAGUAACAAAAACAACAACAACAGCAAAGAAACGGAAUCAGAAGAAGAAGAAGGAGCUGAGAAACGACGUCACACUGGAGUCACAAAUACGAUAAACAUUCCAAAAAUUCCAUUACCUCUCUCUCUCUCUCUCCGUCUAUCUCUUUCACACUCUCUCCCCCAAUCUGCUACCACCCCACCCACCCUGCUCUGCCCCGCCGAUUUGACAGCAUGUCACAUGAUAAAAAAAUGUUGGAUCGCGAGGCAGUACGUUCAGUUAUACAGCAAUGGAAUGCCAAUCGAUUGGAUCUCUUUGCGCUCUCCGAACCAGAUGAGAACCUGCUCUUCCAUGGCGUUAUGCGCUUCUAUUUUCAAGAUGCCGGCCAGAAGGUGGCCACCAAAUGCAUUCGAGUUGCCAGCGAUGCCACAGUCACAGAUGUCAUAGACACACUCAUUGAGAAGUUUCGUCCCGAUAUGCGAAUGCUUUCGGUGCCAAAUUACGCCCUCUACGAGGUGCAUGCGAAUGGGGAGGAGCGUCGCCUGAAUGCGGAUGAGAAGCCGCUGCUGGUGCAGCUCAACUGGCACAUCGAUGAUCGCGAGGGUCGAUUCCUGCUCAAGAACAUCGAUCAGAAGACGACGCCCAUUGAGCAGUCGGAUUUGAACUUCAAGCGCAAGCUGUCCAAGCGCGAGAAGAAGGAGCAAAAGAAAAAGGAGAAGAUGGCCAAGCUCAGCUCCGAUCUGCCCAAUCUAGCCAAUGGCAGUCAACUGGGCCUGGGCAAUGGUGUCGGUGGCAGCGGCGCAUCCGCUUCAGCGGCCCAUAUGAAUGGCAGUGCCGGUGGCAACGGCGGCAUCGGUGGCAAUAAUGGUGUCAAUUCAAGUGAUGCCGUUGCUGGCAAAUUGUACACAGAACUGCCGGAGACGUCAUUCACACGCUCGAUCUCAAAUCCGGAGGCGGUGAUGCGACGACGCCGACAGCAGAAGCUCGAAAAGAAGCUGCAACAGUUUCGUUCCCGUGACGGUGGCCCCGACACCGGUGGCACCCUCAAGAUCUACGGGGAAAGCCUCUGUCAGGAUGUGCCCUACAAAACGCUGCUCCUCUCCAUACGAGACUGCGCCCAGGCUGUCGUCAGGGAAAUGCUCACCAAAUAUGGCCUCGAGAAGGCGGAUCCUCUUCACUAUUGCCUCGUCCAGGUAAACAGCGAUGGAACCGAGUACAUCCUUGACGACGACGAGUGCCCAUUGUCGAUACUCAUGAAUCAUCCGACGUCACGAGGUUCCAUCAUGUUUCAUGUGCGACGCCGUCCGGCUGAUUCGCAGCCGCGCCGACGCAAGAAAAAACCGUUGGGCGCCGCAAAUGGUGCGAAUCACAUGUCCGGCGAUCGCGAGGGACCCGUCCUGGUCGAGGUGACGCACAGCGGCGAUGGCGGACGUCGCAUCAAGCUCGGCAGCGAUCCGGUCGAGGUUGGCUCGGCAAACACGAAUUGCCUGCAAUUGUUUGGACCGAGCAUACAGCCGAGGCACUGCCUCAUCUCGUUGCACGAAGGUGUCUGCACAGUGACGCCGCUGCACACAGAUGCCCUGACCUUUGUCAACGGACAUCACAUUAGCCAGCCGACCAUUCUACAUAACGGCUCUGUUGUCAUGUUCGGACGAGUGGCCUCCUAUCGCUUCCUGGACUCACCCACAGAUGGACGCUAUAAUUUGGCUCUGUCGCAAUCCCAGCUGGACUCGGCCUGCCUCUACGAAAGUCGGUCGCCAACAUCGCCUGGUUCCUGGAACGAUGAGGAUGGCGCACUCAGUUCGACGCAGAAGAGCGAAUAUGAGCAGCAUCAGCAGCUGAAUCAAUCCUCGGGCGGUUUCCACAACAACACCACAGAGACGCAAGCGCUUAACUCGAUGCGAGAUGCGGUGGACAGCAAACAUUGCGGUGGCAGCCAGGAGCAACAACAGCAGCAACAACAGCAACAGCAGCAGCAACAACAACAGCAACAACAACAGCAACAGGCAACAAGCAACUAUGAUGGUCAGAGUCUUGAAGGUAAUCUGGAGAAUGAAAUCAAAUCCAUAUCGAGCAUGAAAUCCAAUGGCUCUAACAGUCAGGACAGAUCGCCAAAGUUGCCCGGCUCGAGUGGCCUUUUGUCUGGUGCCGGUGGGUCUGGUGAUGGCCAGGGCCAGGAGCCAAUACUGCCCGCCGUUCUGGAGUUUCCCGAGACGCAUCAGGAGCACUUUCUGCGUCACAUCAUCAGCGAAUUGGAUGUGAAUGUGCCCCACUUUAAACUGGCGCCAGUCUAUUCCCUCUAUCUAUGUGCCAGAUAUCGGGCGUCCACCCAUUACCGUCCAGAACUGCAGCCGACGGAGCGCGCCCACAAGCUGACCAUAUUCCUGCAUCAUGUGGCGAAUCUGGUCUAUGGCGUCGUCCAGGAGCAGUACACAGAUCCCCGCAUUCUCGCAUUUUGGAUGGCAAACAGUUCGGAAUUUUUGCAUUUCCUCAAAUCGGAUCGACACAUCAGCGCAUUCAGUGUCCAGGCGCAGGAGGUGCUCGCCGAGGCGGUGCAGACAGCAUUUCGUAAUCUGGUCAAUUGCUUUCGUCUCGAAUUGUCGCAGACGCUGAAUCAAUUCCUAUCGGAGACCAUUGAUCAUGAUUCGGCGGCGGGUCUGGUGCUCACAGUUCUCGGCUCGGCCAUGGCUCUGCUGCGGCGCUGUCGUGUGAAUGCCGCCUUGACCAUUCAGCUGUUCUCGCAGCUGUUCCACUACAUCAAUGUCAUAUGUUUCAAUACGAUUGUGGCCAACUCGCACAUGUGCACCGGGGAGUGGGGCAAGGUGAUGACGGAGCGCUUGCAGCUGCUGGAACUGUGGGCUGAACGUCAGGGUCUAGAGCUGGCCGCCGAUUGUCAUCUGGCCAAGAUUAAUCAGUGUGCGCAGUUUCUGCAGGCGCCCAAAUCAUCGGUGGAGGAGAUUCAACAAUUGGCCUGCUCCUGUUUUCGGCUCAACUCGCUGCAAAUGGGCGCAUUGCUGCAGCAGGAGAAGAUUCCGCGCAAUCUCGUCGAUACAGCCAUACGCAUGGCCGAAUCUGUGGCCGAUGAACUAACGCGGGCCGAUGGACGCGAGGUGCGUCUGGAGGAAUCACCCGAACUGCAUUUGGCGCUGCUGCUUCCCGACGAUGGCUUCAGCUGUGAUGUGGUGCGCGGCAUACCCACCGGAUUGGUCGACUUUCUUAAUCCCCUGCAGCAGCAGGGCAUGUGCCGACUAGCCGCCCAGCCCACAUCGAUUGGACUCUGGACAGUUUACAUGCAUCAAUUCAAUGCACGCAGCUCUAGCUCCAUGUCCAACAAGUUGCCCCAGCCGGAGAUGCAGCUGAUAAAGCUGCACAAGAACAGCAACGGCAUGGGUCUGUCCAUAGUGGCCGCCAAAGGCGCUGGCCAGGAGCGACUGGGCAUUUACAUAAAGAGUGUUGUGCCCGGCGGCGCUGCCGAUGCGGACGGACGUCUGCAAGCGGGUGAUCAGCUGCUGCGCGUCGACGGACAGAGCCUGAUUGGCAUAACACAGGAGCGUGCCGCUGAUUACUUGGUGCGCACGGGUCCCGUUGUCAGUUUGGAGGUGGCGAAGCAGGGUGCCAUUUAUCAUGGUCUGGCAACGUUGCUGCAACAGCCCAGUCCCGUUAUACAGCGUGGUAAUCGCCGCAUGUCCGAGCGAGAUUUGAGUCGCAUGGGCGGCGCCGAAUCGUCCAAGUCGCUGGGCGUACUCGGUGGGCCGCUCAUUGCCAAUAGCCACACGAGUCACAGUCUCAACCAGCACCUAAAUCUGAGCAAUAGCAACAUCAACAAUAGCCACAGCAACAACAGCAAUAACAUCAACAGCAUCAGUAGUAACAUCAUGAAUCCCUUAGCUGCACACCUGCCCAAUAGCAAAUCGGUGCCGGCCCUGCAUCAUCACACGGGAUCUGGCAAUAUAUCGCUGGCCAAUUCCAAGUCACGCAGCACGCACAGUUUGCAUAACAAUGCAGGAGGUGGCAUCGUCGGACAACCAAAUGGCAGUCGCAACAAUCCAAAUCCAAAUCCAAAUGCAAAUCUAAAUGGAAAUGGAAAUGGCAACGGCAACGAGCAGGGCUUCUACCAGAAUUUAAGCGUGUAUCGUGCACAGAAUCAAAGUCAGCCAAUUUUGAAUGAGAGAGCGACCAUUUCCGGACUUGGCACCAUGAACGCCUACAAUGGCAAUUCCCCGCAUGCUGCCACACUGCAACAGCAGCAACAACAACAGCAGCAGCAGCAACAGGCUUCGCCCUACCAGCAACACUUGCAGGCGAGCGCUAAUUUGCCCACUCGCCCUGUUUCUGCCUACUACCACAGCCAGCAAUCUGCACAACAGCAACUGCAGCAGCAGCAACAACAACAGCAGCAGCAGCAACAACAGCAACAUGCACUGCAACAGCAACAAUUUGCGCACAGCAGCAGCAAUUUAAAUGGCCAGCAGCUCACGUUAAACAAUCGCGCCAAAAGUCAGCAAAAUUUUCAGCAUACGCUACGCAUGCAGCAAAUGAUGGCGCCAUCGAUGCCCAACAUAAGCAACAUGUACCAGCAGCAACAACAGCAGCAGCAACAGCACGCAACACAGCAGCAACAGGCACCAAUGAGCGCCAGUCAAAGCAUGCAGAAUGUGAAUGAAUUUGUGCCGGGCUAUCAGAAUGGUGGCCUCGACUAUCAGCAACAUGCGCGUCGUAGUCAGCUGCACGAGGCAGCAGCACUCUACGAGCUGCAACAGCAGCAACAACAACAACAACAGGCUUCGCCAAAUUUUAUAACUUUGCCACCGAAGCCAAUGGGCAGUCUACAAUCACCCAGCAAGCCAGCGGCGCCGCCUAAACCACAACAACAACAGCAGCAACAGCAGCAGCAGCAACAGCAAUUACAACAGCGACUGCAGCAACAAGCUGGCUAUUUGCCCGCACAACACCCCGGCGAGGAUAAGCCACCGUUGCCACCCACCGCCACCCAUCCGCUGUUCAAGGCCACCCAGCAGCUGGCGCCUGGCAUGAACUAUGUGGCGAGCACCUUGGAUCCACCCAAAGGCAGCUAUUUGCCCAGCAAUCAAGCGGCGACUACACGACCGUUGCACAGCGGCAGCAAUCCCUGGGAGCGGGAGGAGCGCGAAAAGGAUCUGGAGAUGCGACGCGAACACAUACGACACUGGCGUGAACAGCAGAUUGUUGAGCUAUCGUCGGCGACAGUGAAUCGCACGCCGCAGCAGGAGGAGCAGCUGAAGACGCUCGUCCUGGAGCGAGACUUUGAGCGACGCGCUCAGGAGUUGCAGCAGCAGGAGGAUGAACAGGAACAGUCCUACGACAAGGACAAUGUGCAGGAGCUAUUCCGGCUGUCGACGGUCAGCAGUGCCAUACAAACGCCCAUCACCAACUAUCGCCAGACGGAGAUUAAACUCGCUGAAAUCACUGAGAGCAAUGCCAUCGAGCCACCAACCCAAACAGCAACAACAGCAGCAGCAGCAACAGCAGCUGCUGCAGCAACUACAACAGCAACAGCUGCUCCAAAUGCAGUCAACACACAAACACAACAGCCCAAAAGCAUACUCAAGCAUAAUCGUUACUCGGAGGGUGGAGCGGGCGGCAGUGGUGGUGCUGGUGGUGGAGCACCCUCGUCGCCAUCGAAAUCCCAAAAGUCAGCGAGCUUUGCGGACGAACGGCAUCUGCAGACGGAGCAUCCCAUUUCGAGUCUGGCCAAAGAGCUCACGCAGCUGACCAUGCUCGACAAGGACAACAACAAUGAGACGACGCUAGAUGGUGGUGGAGUGGUGGUGCCACCACCACCGCCACCAGAGCGCAACAGCUCGUAUCUAAUUAUGUCGCAGCAGAAGCAACGCACGAGUGUUGGCAAUAACUCGUCGGUGGGCCUGUUGAAAACCGCCACCAGCAAUCAGGCAGCUGCCGUUGAGAUUAAAAAGACCGCAAGCAACAACAACAACAACAACGGCAGCCUAAACAAUAACACAAUGCAACCGUCGCCGCUGAGCGCCAUGGAAUUAAAUGCAGCUUAUGUCUCGGCAACGGGCUCAGGGAUGAGCUUGGGCACUCCACCGCCGCUGCUGCAGCGGGACAACAAACGUGUGAGCUUCCAUGAUGAGGAUAACAAUUUUGUUGGCAUUAGCAGUCAGCAUCAGCAGCUCUUGCAACAGCAGCAACAGCAGCAACUACAACAGCAAUAUCUGCUUGACAACUAUGCGUUGGAGCAUCAGGAUUUGGAUACCAUACGCGAGGAUGCAAGCUAUAUGCAGCACAAUCUGGAUGCCUCCAUGUUACCCUCGAUGCCUUCAACACCGGAUGCGGCGCUCUGGAACACCACCGUGCAAUCAACGCCAGGCGUCAUUGGCGCCCAAGAAGUUUAUAGAGAUCCGAGACAACGUCGCCUGGCGGAGAAGCAGCAACAGCAGCAGCAACAACGCGCUGGAGAUGCGGUGCCAGAGAAGCUGUCCUUUAAGGAGAAGAUGAAGAUGUUUGCACUGGAAUCGGGCGAGGAUAAUACGCCCAAGGAUAAGCUGAAAAUAUCGCGGGCGCAACGGGACAUCGAUGCUGUGCACUGAGAAAAUAGCCGAUUGCAACGUUAUGUACAUUAUAUAAGUAAACAAAAAGAAAAACACGGAAAAAGAAUACAUUAAACAUCUAAUCACCUAGAACACCGUCACACACCUAAUCAAGGAGUACUCAGUCGAAUUGGGGGCCAAGUUGUUAAAUUACAUAGAACUACACACAAUAUAUAUCUAUAAAUAUACAUGUAUAUUUAUAUUUACCAUACCAUAGCAUACAUAUGACAAAACCUAACGAAUUUGCUAAGCAAGGCAAUAAACAAUCCAUAGUUAUCGCGUUCCGAUACAUAAAUAUAUAUAUAUAUACAUACAUAGAUCGCAUAGUUGUGUAGUACGAGUAGCUGAAGCGUUGAUUACCCCACAAAUAAAACGUUAACUGAAAUCAAUUAGUGAAAAGCAAAAUUAGCAUAUUGUACCAAUAUAUAUAUAUAUAUGUUUACAGAUAUAUAUAUACAAAAUACAACAACCGUAGACAGGGCAACGAAAGUAGGGAGAGCCACACUUGUAAAGCGUUUUAAACAUAAUUCUUUACCUUAUGGGAACAUAAGAUAUAUACAUACAUAUGUACACAAAUAGAUAUGUGUAUAUUUAACAAACUGUUGCAUCAGAUUAAUAUAUUAAGUAUUUACCUUAUCGAUAAAGGAAUGUGCGUUAGUUUAGAGAUAUUUACCUGGGAAUUGUGCGGAACAAAAAGAAAUGUUUAUUAUUAUCAUAGGAAAUUCUAAGCCACGACGUCAAAUAAACAAAUGGUCCAAUUAUUCAAUUAUUAAAAAAGCGAAUAGAAAACAAAAGUGUAUAUUUACAAAAAAAGAGAAAAGAAAAACAAAAAAAAGAAAAAUAAAAAUAAAAUAAGAAAACAAAAACGAAAGAUUCACAUAUAUAUUUUUAAUUACAAACUUUUUCGUACACACCUUUUAAAGCAAGAAACAAAGAAGCAACAACUUAAAGCAUAGAAGAAAUGUACCAAUUUAAAUCAAAUAGGAUUUCACUAAACAAGAACCUAAUGGCUUUAAACAAAAUAUAUACACCUAUGUAGGUACUUGUACUAUAUGAUGCGUAUGAGUUCUUUGUUAUAGCAUACAAUUUAUUCGAAACAAUACAAUUAAAACAACAACAAAAAAACACGAAAAGCAACAAAUUAUUUUUGUGCAUUCCAAGUAUUUCAAAUAUAUAUCAAAAUUGCAAAUUAUCAAAUUUUGAAUAUUAUGUAAAAAUAAAUUGCAAAAAUUGAAAAAUUUUGCUUUUUAGUUCAACUUUAAGCGCGAUUAAUCUUAAGGAAUUUAAUAUAAAUAUAUAUCAAACACAAAACGAGUAACAUA